GUGUUUCGUUUGGUAUAUAGAGAGAGAGAGCGAAACGACAUGAUGGUGGAACAGUUGGCGGUGGCGAAGCCGAGCCGGCCGAGCGACGAGGUGCAAGUGAGGAUCGCUAAUGAGAUCAGAGCCGAAUUCGAUGCCUUGGAACCAAAGCGACCCAUCAAACCCAACAGAAGCGAACCCGACGCCGUUUUGCAACACCCCCCCGACGCCUCCGUCAAUAAUAUACCUGAGCUUCACAAGUUUCGAUCCCUUCAAUCUCGCUCUCAUGCUAUAAUUUCAUCGGCGGGGAUUGUGGAUGCACAUGAUGAGUUUGUGGAGACGCAGUACUAUAAAGAAUUGGCAGCGAUUGACAAACAGCAUCACACGACAGGGAGUGGGUUCAUAAAGGCGGUGAGAGAAGGAGGGGAAGGUGGAUAUGAGAUUCAUGUUAAUGCUGCUGAAACCCAACCCAGAGGCUAUAAAAGCAACCCUGCCACCAACGACUGGGUUCCUAACUCUGAGGAAUAUCAGUUUUGACAGGUUUUCGUCUCGUCCAAGCCAAAUAGGAGGAGAGUACUUGAUGAUAUUGCUAGGUGAAAAUUUAUCUUAUUAUACCAGCUUUUCUUAUUUGGUCUUUACAGAAGAUGGGGUGGUACAACUGUUGUUGUACACUGUAAUACUGUAGUCUAGAAGAGAAAGGAGUUUCAGAAUGCUACAAUUUCCCGUUAUAUGAUUGCCUUUUGAACACCUAA